AUGGCUUCCUUUGCUUCUCAAACCUACACUCCCACCGAGGAGACCGAGAUCCAACAGUGGCUCACCACCUCUGAGCGUCUCAAGUCCCCCGAGGACAAGUCCACCAUCCUCGAGACCCUCAACAACCACCUCUCCAGCCGUUCUACUCUCCUCGGCAGCAAGCCCUCCAAGGCUGACGUUGCCAUCUACGAGACCCUCGCUCCCAUUGUUGCUCAGUGGUCCCCCGAAGAGCGCACCGGCGAGAAGGGCCACCCUCAUAUCGUCCGCCAUGUCGACUUUGUCCAGAACUCUCCCCUCUUCGGACUCGACGUCAAGGACGAGAACAAGGUCAAGGUCAACCAGGAUGAGGUCCUCUACGUGAAGCCUCCCGUCGACGCCAAGGCCGAGAAGGAGAAGAAGAAGAAGGCUGCUGCUGCUGCCGGUGGCGAGGCCUCUCUCGUUGACCGCACCAAGGAAAAGGUUAAGGAGGUUGUCGAGAACGCCAAGGAAAAGGUUGCUACCGAUAAGCCCAAGAAGGAGAAAAAGGAGAAGGCCCCUAAGCAAAAGGCUGCCCCUGCCGCUGCCGCUCCUCUGUCGCCUGCCCUGAUUGACCUUCGUGUCGGCCACAUCCUCAAGGCCAUUAACCACCCCGACGCCGAUUCUCUUUAUGUUUCCACCAUUGCUGUUGGCGACAAGCCCGGUAACGAGGACUACGUCGAGUACGAGGGCCAGAUCUGCCGAACCGUCUGCUCCGGCCUCAACGGUCUCGUCCCUCUUGAGUCCAUGCAGGGCCGCAAGGUCGUUGUUGUCUGCAACUUGAAGCCCGUCAAGAUGCGAGGAAUCAAGUCUUGCGCCAUGGUUCUCGCUGCUUCUCCCAAGAUCAAGGAGGGUGAGGUUGAUGACCACAAGGGACCCGUCGAGCUUGUCACUCCUCCUGAGGGAUCCAAGGCUGGUGAUCGUGUUUGGUUCGAGGGUUGGGAGGGCCAGCCCGAGGGUGUCCUCAACCCCAAGAAGAAGGUCUGGGAGACCUUCCAGCCUGGUUUCACCACCACUGAUGGUUUUGAGGUUGCUUUCGAUGCCGCUGCUGUUGAGCAGUUGGGCAGGACUGGAACUGGUCGUCUUGUUACUGAGAGCGGUGGUGUCUGCACUGUUCCCAGCCUCAAGGACGCCGUUGUGCGAUAA